UUUGCUUUAAUAGGCUUUUCAAGUUUUCCAGCACCGUUUUGUUCUUACGCUUGCGGAAAUUUUUGUUUGUUUUUGAUACAAUUGCAAAAUGUGGAAAUACGGACAAAACCAAGGCAACCAGGGUCCUGCUGGCGCCGGCGGAGGAGGUGGUGGCCCCAACAUGAUGCCAAUGGGAGGAUUCGGCAUGCAGCACGGCAACAUGCAGCAGAUGCACAUGUCGCCGCAACAUCAGCAACAGCAGCAACAACAAAUGGGAAUGAUGGGUGGACCCGGUGGAAUGCAGAUGAAUCCGCAAGGACCUGGAGGUCCCGGUGGCCUGAUGCCCGGCAUGUCGCCGCAACAUCCUAUGCAACAGCAGCAGCAGCAGAUGAUGCAGCAGCAAAUGAUGGUACCCCAGCAAGGAGUAGGUGUUGGAGUCGGAGUGGGCGUGGGAAUGGGCGGCGGCGUGGGCAUGGGAGGAGGGGGAGUGGUGCCCCAACAGCAGCAACCGCAGCAGAACAUGCCGCAGCAGAACAUUCCACAACAGCAGCAGCAAUUAAAUCCUGGCGGUGGAAUUCCUCCUGGUGGCGCCGGUGGCAACAACAAUAUGCUGGCUAUUUCCCAGCAAAAUCCCCACAAGGAGAUCAACAUUGUUCAGCUCUCGCGGUUGGGUCAGGAAACCGUGCAGGACAUCGCCUCGCGCUUCCAGGAGGUCUUCGCCUCUUUGAAGAACAUCCAGCCGACCUCCCAUAGAGACAAUAACACGGAGAAAAAGGUCCAGGAAUAUUUCCGCACCAUCAGGCUACUUUUUAAAAGAGUCCGAAUCAUCUACGAAAAGUGCAACGACGCUGGUAUGGAUUACAUGAGUGCGGAGAGCCUGAUUCCCUAUCGGGAUGAGCCGGAACCGAGAAUCGAGCCCUCGCAGUGCGAUGAAUACCGAAAGGUCCUCCAGGAGAAUCAUGAGCUUAUAGAGACUGUGAAGCUUAAGAAUCGGCAGCUGCGCGAGAUCAUCGACAGGACACGGAUCAUUAUCUGGGAGAUCAACACAAUGCUGGCCAUGCGGCGAUCCUAGGUUAAUAAAUUAUAGAUAUGUUAUAAAUAAAAGAAACAUUGCCAACGAGAAAA